UCGGUUGUGCGAACGUAAAUUAUCUUUACAGUAUGGCGUAUCGAUAUUCAAAUGUCGAGUACACGGAAAUGGUGCGAAUGCUUGCUAGGUGUGAUGACAAUGUUUCGAAAGCCUGUCGCCAAUACGCCAUACGAUUCCCAAACAUCCCUACACCUCGCUGUGUAACAAUGCUAGCCGCCACACAGCGGUUACGAGAUUACGGGGAAUUCCGGCAUGCCAUCAGGGAUAGUGGUCGUCCACCGAGGCACACAUCUGGAAUCAACCUGGCUAUGUCUCAUUCUCUGGGAUUGCUAUUAAUGAUGCCAAAAAUGAUGUGUGGGGAAGUAGCGCUGUGCAGAAUUUGUGAAGAAUUUUACUCUGAAAUAGCAAGAGCAAAAACGAACAUUAUUUGGCAAUCGUCUCAUGACAAGAUCUCAAAACGAAAAUGGAAGAACAUCCUACGGCUUUUGGACACGAAUUUCCAAAAUAUGUCUGCAUCUGGAAUAUUUCCUAUUAACGCUUCGUUAAUAGUUCAGUUCUUUAAAACUAUUACUACAUACACUAUUAUAGUAUUACAGUUUAGGUUCCUUUAAAUCUUAGAUGUCGUAGAGUCCUUUAUUUCGUUUUUAUUGUUAUGGCAUCGAGACCGAUUGUCACACAGCCGAGAAGGUCAUAAUUAUGUAUAUACUGCAU